AUGAGUCCCACACCUUCUCCACCUUCACACGCCACGGUAUUGGAAAGUGUGUUCGUCGACCUUCUCUUCUCGCCAAGGGGUACCGAGCCCUUUUCGACCGCAACCAUCGGUACCAGCACGCACUCCUUGUUAUAUCGAGUCCAGUCGACGUCGAGCAAUGGGCGUUCAACCGCUACUUACCUCCAGCUGAUGAGCACUUCAUCGUCGGACGCCAGAGCAGAGGCGACGCCGCCCUCCGAAAGCUCUUCUGCUACUAUUGUCUUGAACAAUGUCUCGAGAGACCAAGAUGGCUCUUCCGCAACGAUAGCAUUGGCCAUUGGGCUUCCGCUUGGUGUCUUCUGUCUUGGGUUCUGUCUCGUCGUCUUUUAUUUGUGGUGCCGCAGACAAAAUGCUAUGCUGUAUCCACAGACACCGUUCCAGGCUAGGUCGGGCGCCCCGUUCCCUCCUCGCCGUCUGCGUUCCAAGGUGUGGACUCGGUUGUUCCAUCCAGAUUCCAGUCAAUGUUACUACAGUGAAAAAUAUGGAUCGCGCUCCGUCCCAUCGCACCAAGACAGCGGUGCUACCAUCAGCUACAAAAUUACCUCCAUAGAUCCUGAAUCCGAGCCCGUUUCCAAGCACAUCCAAACCCCCGACAAACUGGCAUUCCCCGUUAGCAAAAGUUUCAGUUCUAACCAAAUCAACGCUUUGCUGUAUUCGAAACCUCCAGGGAUUCAAUCUAUUGGCUCUGCUUUGCCCACAGCAAAUGCUCCUUCUGACAGCAGCAUACGCACGACGCAAAAUGCCAUUUCUCCCGAACCUGGGGCAUGGAAUUACGAAUCACCGUUGUCGAGGUGGUUUUUGACCAAAUCAACCUACCUUCAGGACCAAGUGAAGCAACCCUUGAAGUCUUCCACUGUUAUGCUCAAGCAACUGAACAUUCUAUCUAGAGUUUCAAGGAAUCGCGUACAAAGCUUUCUUCCGGAUGAGAGCUCGCCCAUUUUGAGCAAUGCUAUCUCUCCUGUAGAUAGAGAUUCCUACGUGGCGGAGAAAGGAGAUCCACUGGUAGUCAGAAGUACAUCUCCGAAAGCACUUUCUACUUUCAAAAGCUCGUCUGCUAACAUUAGAGAUACCAGGCUCAUGAAUUCCAAAGACAUCUCCAACUUCAACCCAUAUUCACAUUCGACCACCUCGGUGGCUGCCAUCAAACCACAAACUAUUGCGCCUUCGAAGAUUGAUGCCGUUACUUUGCGGAAACCGAUGCCGAAAUUUUUAAAAGACGAUGGCAAGCUCCUUGGACCUCCAGCUUCGACUAACAAGAAGCAUCAAGGGCAUGAUCAGAAGCUGGAAAAACAUUUGAAUACUGUGAAAUCAGUGAAGCCACUUCCGCUCACUCCGAAUAUUAAGCAGACUACUGCGGAUGAAUUUUCUCGUCCACAUUCCUUGCAGCUAGUAGGCAGACGAGUGCCGGCCUUGAGUCCACCAACUUCAGAAACCCUUCAGAUUUGUGAGGUGGUCCGAGCCUACGAGCCUAAUUUGACCGACGAGAUAUCAAUUAAAAAUCACGAGUAUGUGCGGUUACUGGCGAGACAUACAGAUGGCUGGUGCUUGGUCGAAAAGUGCCAACCAUCUGGUAGUCCUUUAGAUGCUAGCAAUGAUCCCAAACACUGCAAAAUUGAUGGGGAAUUUUACUUAAAUGACUAUCGUGGGAUAGUUCCUGGCGUUUGCCUUAAAGAUGUUGAAGGCUAA